AUGGACACCAACAUGGAGGACGUCGGGCGCGUACCUUCGGAGCUUGCCCCCCAACCUUCCUCGGAGCCUACUACGAUUCCGACACUGGAUGGAUGGAUUGAGAGCUUGAUGGCAUGCAAGCAGCUGGUCGAGGCCGAUGUCCAGAGGUUGUGCGAGAAGGCGCGCGAAGUCUUGCAGGAUGAGUCCAACGUCCAACCAGUGAAAUGUCCUGUCACAGUCUGUGGUGAUAUACACGGCCAGUUCCACGACCUCAUGGAGCUUUUCAAGAUUGGUGGACCAAACCCCGAUACAAACUAUCUUUUCAUGGGCGACUAUGUAGACAGAGGCUACUACUCGGUGGAGACGGUUACUCUUCUUGUCGCGCUCAAGAUCCGUUACCCGCAACGCAUCACCAUCCUCCGCGGAAACCACGAGUCGCGCCAGAUCACACAGGUGUAUGGCUUCUACGAUGAGUGCCUUCGCAAAUACGGCAACGCCAACGUCUGGAAGUACUUUACCGACUUGUUCGACUACCUGCCUCUUACAGCGCUCAUCGACAACCAGAUCUUUUGUCUGCACGGAGGUCUGUCACCUAGCAUCGACACUCUCGACAACAUCCGUGCUCUCGACAGGAUCCAGGAGGUUCCCCACGAGGGGCCCAUGUGCGACCUGCUCUGGUCGGAUCCCGACGAUCGCUGCGGUUGGGGAAUCUCUCCCCGUGGUGCUGGCUACACGUUCGGCCAAGACAUUUCCGAGGCGUUUAACCACAACAAUGGCUUGACGCUGAUUGCCAGGGCCCAUCAGCUGGUGAUGGAGGGGUAUAAUUGGUCGCAGGAUCGUAAUGUGGUUACGAUCUUUUCAGCCCCGAAUUACUGCUACCGCUGUGGUAACCAAGCUGCCAUCAUGGAGAUUGACGAGCACCUCAAAUACACAUUCCUUCAAUUCGACCCCUGCCCGCGUGCCGGUGAGCCGCUGGUUUCGAGAAGAACACCCGACUACUUCCUAUAA